AUGUCUUUCCUUCAUGGUGUUCUCAGUGGAGUGAAGGAUGAUGACAGUGUAAAGAAAUAUGAUGAUAAAAAUAAUGACAUUAAUAAUGUUCUUGAGAAAUUAAAUGAUAGUGUAGGUAAAGGCCGUCAGGCCUUCGGGAACGCCGUGACUCAGGUAAGUGAGUGGUUGGAAAAACAUGGUGCGCAGGUGGAGGGGAAGAUGAAGAAUGUUACGACGCCGAUAAAUGACAUUGUACAACAGAUUGCGAGAGAUAAGACGUCAAUUGAACGUGAAAAGAUUGAUCCUCUCACCGACCAAAUUCAGUUGUGGAUUGGGCGGGCUCAGCAGUACAUCGGGAAAGCGCAGAGCGCCGAAGGCGCCUUAAGCAAGAUUGAUCGACAACUUUCCGGUAAGUUAAAAUGCAAUGUUUCAUUGGUUGUGCAGGCGCUGAAAAAGUUCCAAGACGAGGCGGCGAAUGAAGACUUGAAGGACCUCUAUAUGCUGCUAAGAUAUAAUUGGAACGAGCUUAAGCAGCAAGUUACUGCAAAAACUGAACAACGUUCUAAUGAACUUCAGGGCUAUUUGAAACGACAGAUUGGUAACUUGCAUAGACAGCUUGAAAACUUGCGUCUUAAUCAAUUUACUAAGCUUGGUGUAUCUUUGAGCAAUGAUUUACAUUUUGCUCUUGAAACGGUGCAGAGUGGUAUUAGAGGGCUUGAUGUGAGGUAUAAAGAAGAGAUUGUUCCGGAACUUGGAAGGAUUUUGUCAGAUGCAUACGUGCUUCAAGAGUUUGUUGCAAGGGAGAAGAGGAAGCUUAAGGGGCAGGUGGAGACGUUGACCAGUCAGAUAGACCUGCUUAAGAACGUUAAGACGCACGUGACGCCGCCGAGCGGCGAUCUAAAGCAUUAUCAGUCCAGCCAUGGUGAUUAUGAUGCAUGGAAUUUGAAAACUCACAUCAAUCAGCUUAAGACGCAGAUUCUAUGUGAGGUGAAAAACCAUGUUGGUGCUAUGCUCGAACAAAUUCAGGAACACGUUGAGAAGAUUAAAAAACAGAUUGGUGAUAAAGAAAAGGCACCGGGGAUAUAUUAUAAUUGGGAUAAGCUAAAAACAGACAUUACGAGUCUUCUUCUAGGUAUAUAUGGUGAAGAUACCGAUGGCGCUAAAAAUAAUAAGGGUCUGAAACAGAUUGUUCAAGGCGCUAAGCAGUACGCAAAUCUUUUUAGCGGCCAGGAAAACGCAGGAUAUAAAUUUGGGAAUAUUGUGCAUAACUGGAUUUUGGAUAUAUUGCGGGAAGACACUAUCAUUACAUGGCUUGAUCAGUGGUUUAAAUGGAACAACAUGCACACGCUGAGGAGUACUACUCUGAAGGGUACUAAGCUGGAGAAAAUUCCUAAUGGCAAUAAUGACGUACUGCGCAGUGUAAUUAUGUCAGCGAUCACGUCUGAGCUUAGCGGUAUCAUUGGGGAAGCAGGUGAUAUGGUCAGACAAGGCAUCGAAAAAAACAAGGGAGGCACAAUUGAAGGAUACAUCGAGGCUGUCAUGGCUGGUAUCCAUGACUUCGUCAGUAAGUUUUGGCAAACGAUAGAUAAGAAAGGUGGUGAUAUGCUCAGUAAGAUCGAGGAGAUGUUGGGGAUUAAAGACAAGAAGUCCAAGAUCACGGGAUACAAUGAUCAACACCUCCUUAACACUGUGCAAGCUGCCUUAGUCUCUCUCUACUCCAGAGCUAGGCAAACUUGGGACGCAUUAAAUUCCUUCGCCUUACAGUACUCCAAGAUUGGUAACGUUAACGAUGCCAUAAAGAAACUCGAACAAAUUGCAGAAAAACUGAUAAAUGACGAAAGCCAAUACGGUAAUCAAAUUACUCAGGCACUAUCUACCGUGCAUGGGAAAAUUGGUAAACUCCACACUAACCUUGAAAAGGCGAUUAAGGAAGCUAAACCCGAUAACGUGCUGCGUUCCGAUCUAGGCCCUAUCGCCGAGCAAGUCAAGGCAAUAAGUACAAAGGUGUACGGAGACGAAGUCAACAACAAACUCAAAGAGCUCCUUAAAGAGGCGUGCAACAGAGGCAUCAAUGAGCUGCAGAAGAAAGUAAAUGGAAUCGUUGGUGAUGAAAUUCAAGCCGCCAACGAUACGCUUGAGGGCAUUAAAAAGGAGCUUACAUUGCUUCAGACUAAAAAGGAGAGUGACGUGCCCGAAGGUGUAGAUGGAGGUGAAUCCCUCCUCCAGAAGCAAGCCAAUGCGCUUCACCAAAAAAUCCAAGACUUUUUAAAAACAAAGGUUGGCCAAACUGGAGGCAAAUCGGAAAACAGUGUGUAUAAGGAUUUGUCGGAAUUGCAAAAAAAUAUAACAACACUUGGUGAGAAGGUUGCAGACGUGAAGCAAAAGGUCACGGCAGUGGGUGAUGAGUUAGCGCGUUGCAUUUUACAAACCGAAAAACUGCUUGAUGAGGCGCCAAGAAUGGCAAAUGCCAUAAUGUUCAGAUUACGUGACGACGUGAAUGAGGAAAUUAGGAAGGCAGUCAGAGAAGUUCUAAGAAAAGCUAAAAAACUUUAUACGGAGCGAAAGAAAACAGAGGUGAAUGCACUGGAAGCAAUCGUUAAAACACAGUUUGCAGAGAUUCAAAAAACAAUCAAGCACGACGGCGAAAAUGGUGUGAAAGGUCUUUUGAAAACCGUCCAUGGUAAUUCAUUCAGCAGGCAUCUUGAUGGUAAUUACAGCUUUGGAUCGUCGACGGAAUUGCUUGAUGACCUCAAGGAAGAUGAAAUUAAGAAUGACUUCAUUAAGCUAACAGGAAAGUUCAAAGCAUAUGCAGAGAACAUUCUAAUUUAUAUUGGCAAUCAAAUUAACGAUGCAUUCAAGGAGCCGAUUAAAAAGGCGUAUUACGAUAGCCUUCAGAGCAUCUAUGAUCAGCUCUCCAACUUGCUCGAACACCUCGGCAAAGGCGAUAGGAAAUUCCACUUCGACUCUGAAUUCUCCAAACUGCUUGCCGAACUUGAAUCGCUACUCGAGAAAUUCACGUCAACGCAAUUCGGCGCUACCGCCUGUCCCAUCCUGGACGCCAUUAAAGGCGGACUGACAAUGUUCUCGGAACAAUUAGGGAAGGCGUACAUAAAUAAAUACUCAGGAACUAAUGACAUUACGUGGGAGGACAAGAAAGAGUUAACAAAGGAUGGCAAGAAUGGAGCCAAAGUAUGUAUCACUGCGUUAUUCAUAUUACAGCGUGAGUUAUUACACCUAAGAAAAAAUUGCAUAGACAGGUGGAGUGGUAGGAAAAUUAAUUCAUAUAAUAAUAACCCCUUGGGUGAAAUAUUUACGCGUCUUGGUUAUCAAGUCUCGGAUCAUGAGAGUAAGCAGAACGGGGAAUUGCGAACUUCUUUAGAUAUGCAGGGCUCAGAUGUUGUCACCAAACUCGCGCAUUUGAUAGACGGCACCAACAGCAACGAACAUCUGCCAAUGUGCUCAUCAAAUGAAAAGCAAAAUAAAUUCCAUGUAAUGGAUAUCCUGACGUGUCUUGUCAAACAUGUUAAUCAAUAUUAUAACGCCUGCCACCUGAACACUCCACAGUUACCUAAAUAUCCGUGUUCCGUGUUUGACAUGUCGUCAUGGCUUUGCGGCCUUAGAUACAACGUACUCAAUGAUAAGAUUAUCGGCCAGUGCAGAACAUUGCUCAAUACUGAAAAGGAUGCCGCAAUCAGGCACAUAUUAUCUGCCGUAAUCGAAUUACACUUACCAGCAAUAUUCACUCCUAUCUAUGAUUUCCUUGUUACGGUUGCCGGAUACGGUGACGCUUCUACAUACUAUGCUUGUGAAUACUUAUCCAACACACUCGGCUUGCAUUACCCAUCGAAUGCCAACAGUUGCUUUGAUAUGCUGCUUGACAUCCUACGUAAAUUAUAUCCCGUGCUUACAUUUUUGCUUACUCAAUGCCGUCUCGGUAAAUCGCAUUUCGGUUGGAAUGAGUGCAAAUUUGGUAACGGUGUCCAAACGUCCGAUUGGCAGUGCGGCCCAGAGGGUGACCAAUUACCAUCUUCUAAAGUUGAUUGUUCCAUAAGUUCGCCGUUGCACUCAUACCUAACCGACGGCCUUAGGGGCAUGCUCCCUCACGCUGUCACCUCUAGCAACUCCAAACCUGUAUGUUCAACGUGUGGUAAAGGCGCAAGCAAAAUGCCAUGUUUAACGCCACUCGGCUUCAGAAGUUUCACGGGAAGCAAAAGGGCAGGCAACGACUUAUGUAACGUGCUAGGCAAAUUGUGCGGUAGUGGAGGCGUGAUGACGGCACUGUAUUCAUCACUCACAUGCGUCACUUUUCGUCCUCCUUCUACACUGCCUGAUAUACUCUCGUUUUACUGCCAAUUCACACAGUCAUGGGAUUUAAUGCCAACAGACCACAAAACGAAUCAUCCUAUCCAAUGCAUUAUUUACGAUAAAAUAUUAGCCACUGUAGCAUGUGAUGCUGGAGAUGCACGUGACCUUCUUAGUCCUUGCCGCCUUUUGUAUCAUUCCUCAUCGCACAGUGAACAUAAUACUAGAGAUAACGAACCUGAUAUCAUGUAUCUAUUAGGCUGUAGCAAUGGUGGUUGUGGCAAUUAUUUAAAACCCCUCAAUUAUGCUGCGUACUCCGAUUUUUCACAGAAGCACGCCGAGAAGUACUUGUCGUGCCUGGUGUACGUUUGUCCCCAACUUGUCGACUUACUUGCCCGUUUAAUCGAUGCCUUCGCAUCAGUCUCUUGUCAUGAUUAUGGAUGCAGUGGCUGCAAUAAGUCGUCCAAGUGCUCACCUGGAAAGCACGCCACUGACGAAUGCCUCGAAAAUUUUCUCGGCUACCAUGAUGGUAAUUACACCGGAGAGGGAAUUGUGUACUCGGACCUUGACAGGCUCUGCGACGGGGUGAUGUCUUUCCUUCAUGGAGUUCUUGAGAGUGUGAAGGAUGAUGAAAGUGUUACAACUUAUGAUAAAGAUAUCUCUGGUGAUAGGAUUAAUAAAGUUGUUAGUGAUUUACAUGAUAGUGUAGGUAAAGGCCGUCAGGCCUUCCGUGACGCCGUGUCUCAGGUGGACACAUUGACCAAGAAUGUUACUUCAGAAUUAGGUGGACAAUAUUAUGAAGAGAUCAAGGGUCGACAAGGCUUGAAGCUUCAAGAUCAGAUGGACGGGUGGAGGGCUGUACUCGGCUACAUUGCGGGAGACAUUCACAAAAUAGAAACACAGAACAUUAAUAUGUUAGACGACACAUUAGCAUCACAAAUAGCGCACAAAAUAGAGCCGAUACAGAAAUCGGUGGAGGUGCUGCUGCGGGCGGCGAAUGAUGAUGAUCUGAAGGGGCAGGCGCAAUUCGUGGACGAGCAGUUGGAAGAGCAGCAAAACAUUAUUUGCGAAGCUGUAUCCACAGGUUGUGAAGCGUUUCAGCAGACAUUGAAGAAUGAAUUCGAAAGCAUUCUUGACGAAACGCAUCGUCUUAGUGAGUGUAAGAGGGAGCACUUUGCUGUUACUAGAAACGUGUUGAAGGAAGCUCAAAAUAUGGUUGAAGGGUAUAUUGGAAAAUUUGACGAGGAGUAUAAAAAUGAGAUUUUCCACGCGUUCACAAAUAUUAAAGGCCAGCUGGAUGUAGUUGAUCCAAGGAAUGACAAAGUUGGCGGCGACAGCAUCAAAUCCAAACUGCGCAGGGACACCGAAGCAAUUCACGGCGCGAUUCAUGAAAUUGAUCAGCGACUGGGAGGUUACGUUCGAGUAUUAGGAGAGUGGAUGUAUAAGACUAAGAAAUUGGUAGAGGGUGCACAGACAGAUGUAAAGAAAAUUCUGGAUGAGGUUGACAAUCCAAAUGAACGUAAGAAUGAGACAGGAAUUACAAAGGCGGCCGAGCAGAUUAAAGUGGAGACUGAAAGGUUCAACAGGCAAUUUACUCAGUUAAUGGAAAGGUACGUAAAAGUCUCUGAAACGCUUAAUGGAACGGGUGGGAGUGCACACCAAGGCGUGUUGACACAGCUUGGGGCGCUUCAAAGUAAGGUGGCCCUACCAAUUGCCGUUGAAACGUUUAAGCAGAGUGGCCCUAACGGAUGGGAUUUGAGUCGCGAUAUUGAUGGGCUCACAGCUGCGAUCACAGGGAACGUUCAAAAGUAUGUGAAAACCAAUAUUCUUCAGAAAAUUAAAGCGCAACUUAAGACCAUUAAUGGUACAGAGGAAAGUGCACGUCAAAACAAUGGUCUAAAGCAGGUAACUGAUAAAGUGCAGAAGUAUGUGAAGGCGUUUGCUGAAGAAGGCGACAAGUUUGCUGGUGUAGUGCAGGGGUGGAUUGAUGACAUAUUGAAGAAUAAUGGUGUGGUUAAGUAUUGGCUUAAGAAAUAUGUUGAAACAAAUAUUGAUAGAAUAGGGAACCAAUAUAAGGCGCAUGGUGCAAUUAAUGAUGCGUUCAGAAAGCAAAUCGCCGAUAAAAUUAAAUCAGCGCUUAGCGCCCAUGUCGUAUUAGCGCAGGACAAGAUUUCAACAGUAACGGAUAAGUUGGAGGAGAAGGUUAAUAAUAUAAAGGAUGGUAUCGAUAUGUUUGCCAGCGGCCUUAGUGAGAGCCUUGAUAAUAACAAAGUUGGUGUUGUUUCUGCCCUCAUAGUAAAAGCUAUAGAAGAGGGAACAGAAUUGGGAAUCACCAAAACGUCACCCUCUAGUGACAAAUUCUACCUCGAAGGUACCUUACAGGCAACCCUCACGGCACUCGUGUCCAAAGCAAGACAGGCCUCUAAAGAGCUUGCAUCCUUCACUGGGAUCAGCGAUAGCCCCACCAUCAACAUUGUGAGCAACGUCAAAAGUGCGCUAGCCACAGCGACAACGCUUGAACAGAAACUUGAAAAUGCGACUCUGCCUUCUCCCUCUUCCCUUAGCGGUCCCGGUUACGAAAUUGCCGUGCAGAUUGAGGGCAUUUCGACGAAAGUCGCCGAUCCCAUCGCAGUUGACACUCCACUCAACGAUCUCCUCCAAGCGACAGCAAAAAAAACAAUCGAGAAGCUGCAAACGGCGCUCAAUGAUUCCGCUGUUUCCCAACUUAACAGUCUUAACAAUAAUGUAGAAGCCCUUGAAACUGAAGCAAAAGCGGCCAACGCACAGCUCAUAGACCAAGCGGGACUGGUCACCAAAAAUCUCGAUGCGCUCUGCCGGGAAAUUAGAGAUGCUGGUAAAAACUUGAAAAUGCACUUUGAAUAUCUGAGGGAGACUAAUAUAGAUGGUACACAACCUAAUCAACUCAACGGCUUUAAAAGUAAACUUACUAUACUGCAAGAGAAAAACAUCAAAUCACUGUCAGACGGUGUCCGCAAUGCUCUUGAGUUAAUUAAGGACCUUGAUAAAGUGCCAGACGACGUGGAGGAAAAGAGAGGUGAAGUUGACGAACUUAUGGCGCAGUUAAAAGCAAAACUUAAAGCAUUUCAAAGUAAACUUAACGAGCUUGUAGAUAUUGUAAACAACGCACACACAUAUCUGACACUGGCCAUUGAUGCGGUCAACAACGUUGUUCGUGGAGCUCUUAAUGCAGCUAAGCAAGCCGUCUCACAACUCGAGACGAAUCUUCUAGUGAAUGUUAAAGGCACAUUUCACAUACUCACAAAGCAAAUGCAGAAGCUUUUCGCAAACAGUCACAAAGCGGAUUUACAGGCUCUACAAUCUUUAGUCGAAACGCAAAAAUCCGAGAUCACUAAUAUAAUUAGGCACGAUUCUGAGAAUGGUUUGAAGGGUUUUCUCAAAAAAGUCAGGAUGUGUUUGACUGUCAUGGUGCCGCAGCACAGCGUUAAAGAUUAUGCUGACCUACUUAAACAGAUUUUUGAUAAGUUGUUCGAUUACAUUAAACAGCAAAUCACCUCCCAUAUUAAGUCUCAGGCGUCAGACACAGCCGCUGGCGCCAACCGUAAUGGGCGUUUGCCGUCAAACUCCACUCCCCAAUCCAAUCAGGUAUCCUCCUUGCAUUCCACCCUAGAUAAAUUGCUGCAAUUCCUCAAGGAUUCCAAUCAUUUCGAUCCUCUAUUCCAAAACAAUCUGGAUUAUGUUAAAGAGGCGCUAUCGGUUUUGAGAAAUUUAAAUUUCUCGGGAUUUAAUAAUUCUGUACUGCUUGAUGCAAUUAACGGUGCCGUGAAAUCCCUCGUCGGAGAAUUCGAUAAGGCAUACAUAAACGCCUAUGAGGGACACAGGGAUCAUAUUGACUUCGAUAAAUUGCUUGAAACUAAAACUGUUGAUACUGUCGGAAAAUCCGAUCUACAAUCUCAGACCACUGAAUUAACCAUUGCAGGAAGACAGUUGUCCAAAAUAUUCCUCACAUCAUUAACGAUGCUUCAGGAGAAUUUAAGUCAUCUGAAAACGAAGUGCGGCGAUACGUCAAGAUAUUCAUGGAAAGACAAAAAAAUAAGUCUAAAGAAUAGUGAUGACGAUAAUCCACUCGGCACAUUCCUCAACGGCUGUGGCUAUGAGGUUGCUAAAAAUAAGGCUUCGAAGGAAGGCGAGUUGAAAUUACCAAUGAACGAUUUCACUGGUAAAGACAUUCAUGAGAAACUUGAUGCAGAAAUUCAAACCACCGAUACUCUUAAACACAUACAAGAGUGUGUAAUAGAAACGGUAAAGAAAACUCAACCAAGUAAAAAGCAAUGUAAUGUCAUGGAUAUCAUUGACUGCCUUGUGAAACAUCUUGGCGAAUACUAUAACGUUUGCCACACUACGCACAUUCCUAAGCCUAAGUCACCGUGUAGUAUCUUCGAUAUGCUCUGUUGGAUGUCCGGCCUUCCGCACAACGCAGUCUUUAAGAAACUCACAACACAUUGUAUCGCAUACGAUACAAAAGACGACACGUAUUUAAAAUCUCAUAUGCGUAACGCUGUGGCUUAUUCGUUACCCAAAUUAUGCACAUACUCACAUAAGUUGCUUAGCACUAUCCUCGGCACAGGGGACGAAUACACCAUUUAUGCCAGUGACCACUGCACCAACUCCCUCAGUCUAACAUAUCCUGCAGUCCCAUCGCAAUGCUUAGAAUUACUUCUUUACAUCCUCCGUAGAUUGUAUCCUGUGUUGCAAUUCUUGCGUAUGCAGUGUCUAAUGAGUGACGAACAUGCCGGUUGGGCGUCAUGCCAAUACGGCAGAGACAUCCCAACGACCAAAUCACAAUGUAACAAGCAGCUAAGUGGCCAACCAAAUAGCAAACCUAAGUGCCAAGCAAAUGACCAACCAAACUGCCAGGCAAAUAGUCAAGCAAACAGCAAACCAAACUGCCAACCAACUUCACCUUUAAUGUCCUAUCUAAAUGACUGUUUACCUGGUCACUUACCACACCAUCUAAGUUCCAUUGGCUGCAAAUCAGUUUGCAGUAAUUGCCCCAAAGGCCAGCCUGGAAUGCCGUGCCUUACUCCAUUAGGGUUCAGGGCGUUCUCGGGUAGCACGAAAACAGGGUCUGAUUUGUGUAAAAUUAUUGCUAUAAUUUUCGACGACAUAAAUCUAUCAUCCAUGUACUGCCUCGCUCCUAGGCCCCCGACCACAUUGGCAGAACAUUUCUAUUUCACGACGUCCCUUGUAAAGUCUCUAAACGCUGAGAAACCGCAAAAGGGUGCUGACAUCAAGACAUUCGAAUCUGUGUUUACGUCCUCAAUCACCGAACGCUCUAUUCAGCAAUUUGACAGGCCAAGUCAGCUUACUGAUGCAUUCCGUAAUGCUUACGGUUUGGCUGCGACGGACCAUAGCAACUGCAAACAUCCUCAUCUUUUGAAUCUAACAAGAGGAGGUCUAUGCAAGAGCGGAGAGAAUAAAAUUGACUGCGCUCCUUACCUUCGGUCCAUGUGCACCGAUGCGUAUAACUACCUUGCCGAUAUGCAUUCCAACCUCUACCUCUCAUGGGCCAUAUAUCUUCCCUGGGAUUUCUGGCUAUAUCUUCAGAAUCUAUAUGAUGCUUUCACACAUAUAUUCUGCCAGGAUUGGGGAUGCAUUUCAUGUUUACACGGCGAUACAUGUAGGAAGGGUCAGCAUGGCCUUACCGAUGAGAAGUCUAAGGCGCCGCACUGCCACUGUUCUUCCAUCGUUAAGCAUGGCAACAAUGAUGGUCUUACCAACUUGGCCAAUGCUUUAAAAAAGUUGAUUGGUGACGCCAUAUCUAAGGCUACAACUUCCCUCCAACACAAAUCCGGCAAGCUCUCUUGCUCCCCAAAUCCACAUGAUCCUCUCUCCUACUGUAGUCAGCUUGAUGGACUUAUUAAGUCCAAAAAUGAAGAACUUAAUGAAGCUAAAAACUCUAAUAAAACUUCUGAAAUAUCCUCCUUAGAAUCUAAAAUUAAGCAAUUACAGUCCAACAAAGAUGACUGCACUAAGUCCCAUUACAUGGACGACCAGCGUCUCUCCUCCCUUGAGGGGGAAGUGCGUCAUGGCAUUGAUGUUAUUGUGAAGCUUACACAGUUUAGUGGCUCUGAAAAGAGCAUUGAAACACUAAUUAAUAAAGAAAUUGACAGACUUAAUAAGCAGCAUAAUACCUGUGAAAAUCCUCCGCAGUCUCAUCCCUCUUCUGACUGUCCUCAGCAUAAACUGCUUGAGGAGCUUAAAGAGAAACUUGAGACUUUGAAGAAGAAUAAAGAUAAUAGUCCACAUGAUUUAUUAAAUAACCUCUGCACAGGCCUCGAAAAUUUUCUCGGCUACCAUGAUGGUAAUUACACCGGAGAGGGAAUUGUGUACUCGGACCUUGACAGGCUCUGCGACGGGGUGAUGUCUUUCCUUCAUGGAGUUCUUGAGAGUGUGAAGGAUGAUGAAAGUGUUACAACUUAUGAUAAAGAUAUCUCUGGUGAUAGGAUUAAUAAAGUUGUUAGUGAUUUACAUGAUAGUGUAGGUAAAGGCCGUGAGGCCUUCGGGAACGCCGUGACUCAGGUGGAGGGGAAGACGGGAGAAGUGACUACGGAAUUAGGUGAGUUGAUUACUAAAUUAUCAUCUGGUGCAGGUGGAGAAAAUGUGUAUUACAAGAUGGUUGAAGGCAAGGCGUCCAAGCCGCUGCAGGAGCAGCUGGAGUGGUGGAGCAAGAUGCUCACUUGUAUUCUCACUGACAUAAAUAACAUCGACAUUAAUCACGUUAAUAUACUAGAUAGCGCACUUAGAGAUAAGAUUAAAAAUGAGACUCGGUCGAUAAAGACUGCAGUCAGAAUGCUCCGUGAAUCUGCAGUGCAACAGGAAUUCAGGGAGCAGGUGAAGCACGCGGACAGGGAGUUGGAAGAGCGGGAGACACAAGUGAAAAGAAGCAUUCAUAUUGAGAGUGAGAACGUUAGAGACACAUUGUAUAAGGAGUUUUUUAAAAUACGUGAAAGUGUUACGGCAUUGGAGAAAGCUAAGAGGAUAGGUUUUCAUAAUAUUUACAAACGUUUUGAUGCUGCGCAAGAUUUUGUGAAUGAGUUUGACAAGAAAUAUAAAACCGGAGUAGAGAGUCUUUUUGACUAUAUUAAAACGGCAUUGGAGGAUGUUGAUCCCAAGAAUGACAAGGGCGGCGCCCUGAAUAAUGAAUCCAAGUUGAGACAGGACGUUUUAAAAUUUAGAAGAAACCUUGGAGACCUUAAUGAUGAUCUGAAGGGGUGUGUUAAUAACUUGGAAAACUGGACGGCGCAGGCUAAGCAGUUUGUAGAUGAAGCGAUUGGAAAGGCUAUGGAUAUCAAAAGGUUAGAGACAGGAAAGGAGCAUCAGGAAGCGUUAGCAGCCAUUCCAACACAAAUCAGGAGCAAUGCAACUGGGCUACACGGUCACUUUGCCGCAAAAAAGGGACAAUUUAAUGCAGCUGUCGAAGCUAUCAAUGGUGCAAGCGCGAAGCUGGAAACACUUUAUGCAGAGGUUGAAGAACAAGUGACGGAUACGUUGACUGUUUUCCAAGGCAGAGGUUAUUUGAAUGUGGAAGCGAAUAUCACGGAGCUUAAGACACAGCUUAAGAAAGGAAUGAAGCAGUAUGUUGAGGAAUUGCUGUUAAAGAAGAUUCAGGCGGCGGUUGAGCAGAUAAAAGGUAAGGUUGGGGAGAAAGGUACAAAAGACCAAGACAAUAGUAUAUAUCACAACUGGGUUAAGAUGAAACAUGAGAUCAGGAGAAUUGCCGAGGAGAUUUAUACGGAAGGCAUCACAAAAACUGGAAAGCUCGGUGAAAUUGUGGAAGGCGUAAAGGGCAUUCAAAUUGCCGAUGACGUUGUUAAAAGUGUGACUAGCAAAGGGGGGAUCAGCAGCGACGGUAGUUAUAACCAAAAUUUGAAAUACAUCCAAACCCUUCUUAGCGAAGUCGCCAAAAGGGCUGACCCAAUUAAGACUGAAACAAUAGCGGGGCAGAUUGAGAAGGAGUUGUGGGAGAGCUCCAUACCUGGAGAAACUGAUUACACCCCGUAUAAAAGUUAUCUCCGAGGCUGCAUCCGGUAUACUAUGCUUGCACUCGCUGCUAUCGCCAGUCAAGCUGGUGGUGAGCUUAUAAAGGAGUGCAAGUUCGAGAACGUAAAGGAUGCAAUACAGAAGGUGGGAGAGAUAAAAGAUCAAAUUACAAGCGUCACCGGGGCAAAUAUUGACAAGGCGCUGGAACAGGUGAAACAGGAAAUUGAGGAGCUGGUCCAGAAUUUAGACACGGAGGCACCACACUCUAGCUCCCCCGGUCCGCAUAAUACCUUUGGUAAAACCGUUGAUAGCAAUAUUGCAGAAAAGGUGAACGCCGCCGAAGUCGACAACCAGCUCGCCAAACUACUGAAAGACACAGCGCACAAAGGCAUUGAGGCGCUUCAAACGCCAAUCAUAUCUCAGGUUAUUCCCACACUCAAACAUGUUGAUAAGGAAGUGGAUAAGCAUGUCAUUGAUGCCUCACGGGCACAAUCUGCGCUUGAGCAUCAAGCGCAAGAAGUCGAAACGCAUCUUAAAAAGCUCACCGAGGUAUUUUCCAAAACGGGCGAAGAUAUAAUGUACUUACUUGAUUUGCUAAAGAAGGAAAGAAUUGACAAUCGUCUUUUUACAGGCAUCAAAGAGAAAAUCGGCAAUCUGCAAAAGGAAAAUUUCCCAGGUGUCAUUAAAGACAUAACCUCCGUUGUUGCCCAAAUCGAUAAGCUGCAGGAUGCCGCCACGUUUGUCGACACGCAUAAGAAAGAAGCCGGAAAGCUUAUGAACGAUUUAAAAAAUGACAUCCAAAACCACAUCAGUCUCACACGUGAAGCGGUGGCAAAGGCCGAUACUAACUUCGACAACGUCAUGAGAAUGCUCCGAAAGAUUAUCAAUGAAGCCGAUAAAAUCUGCAAUCAAGCGGUAUCGCAACUUCAAAAACGUCUACUCGACACGACCGAAGAAGCUUUCCAGACCGUACGACUCGCUGUACGGCUAUUUUUUGCUCGUCAAAAAAUGGCGGAUUUAAUAGCACUGAAAUAUCUGCUUGAACGGCGCUUGAGAAAGAUGAGAGACAUAAUCGACGACGAUUUCAUUAACGGCGUCAAAGGUCUGAUGGGCAAGAUGCAUGAAAUAUUGCCUACUUUAGACGCCGUAGAAAAACAGAGAACUUUCGGCGACAUGGCCGAGAGAUUAGGAUGGUACCUCUCCCCCCUCCUCUCCUACACCGCCGAACAGGUCAAGACGCCGGGCAAGGCGAAGAAGGGAGAGAAAGAAGACAGUGAGGGGUCCAAGAAAGUUCAGGACAUCAAAUCGGCCGUCGACAAAUUACUCUCCCACCUCUCCAAAUCUGACAAACUCUACAACUUCGACUAUGAAUUCCAACUAAAACUCUCCGCACUCACCGACGCAGUCAACGCCCUGUCCGCCGAAAAAUUCGCCGGCCACCAGAAUCCCGAAUUGCUCGACGCCCUGAAGAAAGGGAUGCUUGGCGUUACCGGCGAGUUGAAACACGCGUACGUCAAUAGGUAUGAUAGUCAGAAAUUCACGGAAAACUUAGUCGACGCUAAAUAUGAAUUAACCCCCUCAAAUAAUACCACAAUCAUAACGCUGAGAGAUUAUGGACGGAAGUGUUCUAAAGUCUUCCUCACCAUCUUAAACAUUGCUCAAGACGCUCUAAGUAGGCUGCACUAUAAGUGUAAUGGUGACUGGAAAAACAAAAAACUCUGUAAAAUUGAAAAUAACGACGAGAAUCCCCUUGGCAAAUUCUUACAUGACUGUGGUUACGGCGUCGCCAAAAAUGAGUCAUCCAAGGACGGCGAAUUACAUCAUGAGAGUGUAUGGACUGGGAAUAAGAUACAUACUGAUUGCGUUAAGGCCGUUCAAGACGCCACCAACAAUGAACAUCUUAAAGCGUGUGUAUCAAAACAAGAUCAAUUAGACGUAUUAGACAUCCUUAAAUGCCUUAUGACUCAUCUUAACCAAUAUAACCAAGUCGGUCACAUAGCAACAUUCACCGCCACUAGUACACCCUGCAGCAUUUUCGAUAUGCUGUGUUGGCUGUCCGGCCUUCCGCAUAAUGCAGUAUUCCAGAAACUCACAGCACACUGUAACGCAUACGACACAAAAGGUGACACCGAUUUACGGAAACGUUUGUUAGAUGCCGUUGCAUAUAGUUUUCCCAACAUCGGCAAGUAUUCGCAUAAUAUGUUGACCACCAUUGUUGGCACUGGAAACGCCGAUACCAUAUAUGGCUCUGACCUCGCUAACAACUCUCUUAAAUUUAAAUAUCCUUCCUCGGGCGAGGAGUGCAUACAUACUCUGCUUGACAUAUUGCGUAGAUUGUUGCCGGUAUGUAGAUUCUUGUAUAAACAAUGUGGAGUCCGUCCAUCUCAUUUCGGUUGGCGUGAUUGUCAGUACGGCAAGAACAUUCCCACCGCCAAGUGGCCGUGUACCGACCAUUCAACCGACAAAGCAAAUAGCCAACCAACGACUAAACCAACGUGCCAAGCAAAUGAUAAACCAAACAGCCAACCAAAUUGCCAACCAACAUCACCGUUAAUGUCCUAUCUAAAUGACUGUUUACCUGGCCACUUACCACAUCAAUUAAUGAGUGUUGGAUGUAAGUCGGUAUGCUCCACCUGCCCUUCCACUUCCAGGAAUGGUAUGCCAUGUUUGACACCAUUAGGCUUUAGAGCCUUUUCUGGGUCAACGAAAACUGGUAAAGACCUAUGUGAAAUUAUAAAGAAAUUCUUCGCCAACGUGAAUCUUUCAUCCAUCUUUUGCCUGGGCCCCAAACCUCCAGUUUCCCUUCCAGAGCACUUUGGUUUUGCAUUGUCGCUUGUCGGUCAAUGGGCUGAUGGGUCCAGGUAUGGCGUCGGCAGCCUUCAAACUGCAAUUGAAUCCACAAUUAAGGACAAGUCCAUUGCACUUUAUGAUCAGCCUGCCGACCUUACAAACGCUCUCACCAACGCUUAUGGGCAUGGCAUAGAAGGCCAUGACGAAUGUGAUGAUACGCAUGUCACUAGUCUCACAUCGUCUGGUACGUGCAACAGCAAGAACACCCACAGCGCUCCCUAUCUGUCGCCACUUUGCUCCGAUGCAUAUAAGUACCUGGCCAACAAAAAUGCUGGUCUGUAUCUAUCGUGGAUUGCAUAUCUCCCAUGGGCGUUCCAUCAAUACCUCGAAUGUUUGCUUGAUGCUUUCAAGAACAUCUUCUGCCACGAAUGGGGGUGCCACGUUAAGCAUGGGAAUGGUGGUGAAGGUAAAGGGCUUGAGGAGUUGGCCGAAGCUUUGAAAAGGUUGAUUGGUGAUGCUAUUUCAAAGGCUACUAGUAGUCUUGAAAAUAGGAAAAAUGAACUCAAUUGCCCUGAUAAAACUUCUAUUGAGCAUUAUAACAAGCAUUGUAGUGACUUGAAGCAGAAAAUUGAUGAAGCCAAAGCAUCUGGAAAUGACUCUGAAAAAUCUAAAAUGGAAUCCGACUUAAAGAAACAUUAUAAUGGCGUUCAUUACCUUACUGAGGAUGCGAGAAAAGGAGCCUUAGGGGACAUUGAGGAGAGGCAGAAGACUCUUGAGAAGCUUAAAGAAAAUCUUGAAGCUUUUAUUGGAAAAGAAAAUGAUGACGCUGGAAAAUGUCAAAAUCUUUUAACAAAUCUCAGUGAAGGCUUAGAAAAGUUUUUAGGUUUCAACUCUGAGUCCAAAGGCUACUCGGGUGAGGGCAUCGUGUACUCAGACCUUGACAGGCUGUGCGACGGGGUGAUGGCGUUCCUUCAUGGAGUUUUAAGUAACAUUCAGCCUAAAUUAGGCCAGCAUAAAACACAAACUGAUAGCGCAAUUAACUCACUUAAAAGCACAAAUAAUAAUGGUAUUACUAAAUACAAGGCGGCGAUAGCCGCGGUGGAGGAAUGGGUCAGGAGGUACAAUAAUGAAGUCGCCGAGUCCAACAGAAAAGUUGCCGUCAAACGGUACGAGCAGAAGACUCUAGAUGUAGAAUUCUCAGAGACUGCAUUAAGUACGGCCGUGAAGGUGGAGCACGCUGAGAAGUCUAUUAAUGCCAAGCUGCAAGAAUGUCAAGAGCACGCUAAAAAAUUCACUAGCGCACUUGACAUCACUGUAACAGAUAAUCCACUUAACAACGCAAUUAACGACCUAAAUGCUAAAUUAAAAGAUAAGCUUGAGAGCGUGCGUAAGACAGUGGAGUAUGAGAGUGGUAGGUUGGGGAGGGUGAAGGUGCAAGAGGAGAAGGUGUUGGAGGAAAGGAAAGCGGAGAUUAAGAGGGUGUUGGAAGCGAUGAAAUGCAGUGUGGAUAAAAGUGUUGGUGAAGACAUAACAAGAAUUCUGGCUGAGUUGAAGCGGAGGGUCGAAGAGAUUUUGGAGGCGCUUAAGCAAAGUUGCAAACAUGGAUGGAGAGCGCCAAAAGACAUUAACGAUAUAAAGAAUACGGAUUUAAAGAGGAUUUAUAACGAAAUGAACGACAGUGUUACUGGCAAGAAACGUGAUAUUGAGGACGAUGCGGCCAAAUUGGUGAAGUGGAAAGAACAACUUGACACAUACAUCAAUGUUACCGUAAAACCGCAGAUUGCUCAGUUGGUUGAGACAGCAACGCAGGCCGUUAAACAGAUAGAUGCUGAGAUUAAAAAGGAUUUGGGGAGGAUGGAGAAAAGUAUUACUGAGGGGUUGAAGCCUAUUGUGGAGAAGUCGGGGACGUUUUGCAAGAAUUUCAGAAGACUAGAAGUACGCUGCAGUGGACGGUUCAAGGAGUAUAUGAAGAUAUAUUGA